CACAAAUGAUUUUUAAAGCUGUUAUGAAUAUCCAAACAGUACUUUUGUUUACCACAAGUAAUUUGCCAUUAUCAAAGUCAACAAUUGGUAAACCUAAAGCAAGAAAGGGGGAUGAACCCUUGAGAAGAAGGAUGGAUAAGAGUAUGGUUGCCUGCGAACUCUGGAGACCUCCAUUAAAAAAAUAAAGACAAGACAAAAAAAAGACAGAUCUUUUCCUCCGUCGAGCGUUGUCUCUCUGACUGUUGUGUAUCAUCACUCACUGCAGGUGUGGGGAAGAACUCUUUUCCCCAUUUAUACUUUUCAACAGCGGGUUUAAAGUCCCUUCGCUGGGCUGUAGAAGAAGCUGAUGGGUGAUGAGACGCGUCAGCGGGUUAAAUUCACAGACGAGCGCGUGUGCAAGAGUCACCUGCUGAACUGCUGUCCGCAUGACAUCCUCUCUGGAACCCGCAUGGAUCUGGGAGAAUGUUCAAAAAUCCAUGACCUUGCUCUGCGGGCAGAUUAUGAGAUUGCCUCCAAGGAGCGCGACUUGUUCUUCGAACUUGAUGCUGUGGAUCACCUGGAGUCAUUCAUAGCAGACUGUGACCGCAGGACUGAAUUGGCCAAAAAGAGGCUUGCAGAGACACAGGAGGAGAUCAGUGCUGAGGGAGCUGCCAAGGCAGAGAAGGUUCACGAGCUGAACGAGGAGAUCGGGAAGCUGCUUGCAAAGGCGGAGCAGCUGGGUGCUGAGGGCAACGUAGAUGAAGCUCAGAAGGUCUUACAGGAAGUAGAGAAAGUGCGGAUCAAAAAGAAGGAUGCAGAGGAAGAAUAUAGGAACUCCAUGCCGGCCUCUAGCUUCCAGCAGCAGAAAUUGCGGGUGUGUGAGGUGUGCUCUGCCUACCUGGGCCUUCAUGACAAUGACCGUCGUCUGGCCGACCACUUUGGAGGGAAGCUGCACUUGGGCUUCAUCCAGAUCAGGGAUAAACUGGAGGCGCUCAAGAAAACAGUCCUGCUGAAGCAGGAGCUGAGGAACCAGGAGCGACUGAAGAGAAGAGAAGAACGGGAACGUGAAGAGAGAAUGAAGAAGAGGACCAGAUCACGUAGCCGUGAACGCAAAAGGUCUCGCUCCCGGGAGAGGCGUAGGAGGCACUCCCGAUCAGCCUCCCGAGAGAAGCGCCGCACCCGCUCGCCCUCUCGAGACCGCGAGCGCCGCCGCCGCCACAGGAGCCGAUCCAGGUCACAGUCCAGGUCACACCACCAUCACAAGUCGUCUCGAGAUCGUGAGCGCUCUUCUCGGGACCGUGCUUCUCGUGACCGCUCUUCCCGCGAGCCGUCGUCCCGCGAUCGGUCACGUGACCGCGAUCGGAGACGCGGCUCGUCGGAGCGCCACCAGGACAGCAUGAACGGGAAGAUGGACCGCCGUGACGACAGAGAGGCUGGCGAGAUCUGAGAUAGUGGAACAACACUCAUACGCAAGUGCUACCAUGGAUUACACCCAACCAUACACACACACACUUUCUCUCACACACACACACAUGCACGCACAGAGCCCUGCAGCAGCCUGACCACCCCCCCACCCCCCCGCUGAUCACAUAGUCAUCUAAUACCCUUUUCCUGCUCCUUCUAUGCUGCCUUUGAUUACUCCCCAUAAUUUACUGCCCUACUAAAAAAAUUAUGUGGGUCUACAUGGGUCUGUUAUUUGUCAAUAUUGCAAACACUCAGCCAAUUCUGUGGACAUCAGUUGUUAUGAAGGCAUAAUUGGAACGUUUGUAAUGAAUUAUUUGGCGUUUCAAACCGUGGCCAUCUUCCUUUUACACAACAUCUACAUUUCACGUUUUGCCCUGUUUUCCAGAUUCCUCUUAAGUAUUGGACCUAAAACCACUUUCAUCCUGUUACGUUGUGUUUUUUAUUUGUUUUGUUUUCCCCCCUCAUAUGUAUGAAUGACUAGUUUUAAGAUACCUGGGAACUUCUUUUGAGUAAAUUUCUGGAAGGACCAUCUGUUUCUGUUCUGUGUGUAAUGUCCAUUGGGAUGUAGAGAAAACUGUCCUCUGUUUCUCUUUGCUUUUUGCUGUAAUGUUUAUGGAUAUCCUGCCAGUACCAGUGAGGUGGGUCAGAUGUAUGUAUCAUAGUCUCUGUAGGCUUAUGAUGAAGCAAAUAAAUGACAUAUGUAUGAUCGCAUUCAUGAUAGCAUAUUGAAGAUUGCAUUUCCUGGUUUCUUUUUUUUUUAACUAAAUAAAACAUUAUGAUUCCUGUUCAAAAUAAUUAAAUUACUUUGUGAAUGGAAAUAAAA